GGGGUCCCCAGGGCAGGCCGUCAAUUCCUUUCCCCCCCCUCAGGACCCCCCUGAGCCGGAUCUGGGGGAGCCCCCAGCCCCCCUGCCAGGAUGGCCACGCUGGGCAGCAGCUCCCAGGUGGUCUCCGAGUACGUGGUGAGGGUCCCCAAGAACACCCCAAAAAGGUACAACAUCAUGGCCUUCAACAGCGCCGACAGAGUCACCCUGAGCGCCUGGGCACAGGCCCGCAUGGAGCGGGACAUGAGCAACAAGCGGAUCUACGCCGAGGAGGAGCUCCCCGAGUCCGGGGCCGGCAGUGAAUUCCAUCGGAAGCUGCGGGAGGAGGCGCGGAGGAAAAAAUACGGGAUCGUCCUGCGGGAAUUCCGGGCCGAGGAUCAGCCCUGGAUCCUCAGGGUCAACGGGAAAAGCGGCAGGAAGGUUCAGGGGGUGAAGAAGGGGGGGGUCACCGAGAACGCCUCGUACUACGUGUUCACCCAGUGCCCCGACGGCGCCUUCGAGGCCUUCCCGGUCAGGAACUGGUACAACUUCACCCCCCUGGCCCGGCACAGGACCCUGACGGCCGAGGAGGCCGAGGAGGAGUGGGAGAGGAGGAACAAGGUGCUGAACCACUUCACCAUCAUGCAGCAGCGGCGCCUGCGGGACCAGGACGAGGAGGAGGAGGAGAAGGACAAGGGCAGGAAGGCCCCAGGAAAGGGGGGGGGGCUGCGGAUCCACGACCUGGAGGAGGAUCUGGAGCUGAGCUCGGAGAGCAGCGAGGGCAGUGAGGCCGAGGGGGAGAAGGGCCCGAGGCCGAAGGGGCCGCCGGGGGCGAGGAAGAGGAGGAGGAGGAAGGGCAGGAAGGGCUCGGAGGACGAGGCCCUAGAGGACAGCGACGACGGCGACUUCGAGGGGCAGGAGGUGGAUUACAUGUCCGACGGCUCCAGCUCGGCCGAGGAAGACCCCGGCAAAGCCAAAGCCCCCAAGGAGGAGGAGGAAGGCCCUAAAGGCAUCGACGAGGCGAGCGAGAGCAGCGAGGAGAGCGAGGAGGAGAAGGGGGAGGAGAAGGAGGAGGAGGAGGAGGGAAAAGCCACCCCCACCCCCCAGGAGAAGAAAAAAGAGAGAUGUGGGGCCCCAGAGAGCAGCGACGAGUCCCAGACCUCAGAGGAGAGCGACAUCGACAGCGAGACCUCCUCGGCCCUGUUCAUGGCGAAGAAGAAGACUCCCAAGCGGGAGCGAAGGGCCUCGGGCAGCAGCUCCAGGGGGCCUCGGCCUGGGACCCCACAUACUCGGGGCACUGGGGACCCUCCGGGCAGCGGCGGCGGCUGGAGCAAGGUGGGGCAGCCCCCCAGGGGGGGUCGGAGCCCCCAGAAGAGGCUGAAGGCGGAGCCGGGACCCCCUUCGGGCAAGAGCACCCCCCAGCCCCACUCGGGCAAGAGCACCCCCAGCAGCGGUGAGGUGCAGCUGACGGAGGAGGCCGUGCGCCGUUACCUGUCCCGCAAGCCGAUGACCACCAAGGACCUGCUGAAGAAGUUCCAGACCAAGCGCACGGGGCUCAGCUCCGACGCCACCGUCAACGCGCUGGCCCAGCUGCUCAAGCGCCUCGACCCCGAGAGGAAGCUCAUCGCCGACAAGAUGCACUUCUUCCUCAAGGAGUAGGGACCCCCCGGCUGGGGGGGGGGACAGAACCACACAGGGAACCCCAAAAUCCCACAGGGAACCCCAAAAUCCCACAGGGACCCCCCCAAACUCACAGGGAACCCCAGAACCCCACAGGGAACCCCAAAAUCCCCCAGGGACUCCCCCCAACCCACAGGGAAACCCCCAACCCACAGGUACCCCCCCAGAACCCCACAGGGCCCUCCCUCCUCAUUUCCCACCAACAAACUCACUCCUCCCUCCCCUCCACCCCCAAAAUUUGGAGUCUCCGAAGAACCCCUGGAAUUUCCCCUGGGGUGGGGGGGGAAGAUGCUCCCCCCCCCUCAAUGUGUUUUUUUUGAUCAGAAUUAGCAUUUUUUGCUAUUUUUAGGCUUUUUUCCCCCACUUUGUGCCAGUUCUUUAUCCCCCCUGUGGGGGAUGGAAUGUCCAAGGAUUUUUUGGGGGGUGUGGGUGGAUCAUUCCUCCCAACCCCCCCUCAGCUGCCAUUAACCCUUUGGAGGGGUCCUCACAUCCCCCUCCUCUCCAUGCCUGAGGGGGGGGCUGAUCCCCCCACCCCAAAAAUG